UUAAUAUACAUACUUAUAUUUAUUUAAAUUGUUGUUGCUGUUUGUCUUCAACUUGUGUUUGUCUCCAGUUACAAAAGCCGCGACGCUGUCGACGUCUCUGAUAAGCAGCAGCAGGAGUCGCCACCGAACGUUGCAACUGUUUUUGCCAUGGAACUGGAAUGCGAUUUGGGUGCCAUACAAAACGAGGAGUUGCUGAGGAAAAUGUGGCAGCAAUCGGAGGACAGCGAACGUAAAAGGCAAAUCCGUACGCAUCUCUAUAAGCUACGCGAGUCGCGUCUGAGGAAUCUCUAUAGGCACGAACCGGAUAGCAUAGCAUUCGAAAUGUCUGAACCGAAUGGCAAUACUCUUUCCGGCUUUGGCAAGGAUCCGCUGGCCACCAGCCACGGUGAUGCGCUGCUGGACCAGAAUUUCCAGAGUCUCAAGUCCAAGGAGGUGCGCGAUUCGAUGAGUCCCACGCACGAGCUCAAGUUCCAUUCGAUGAGCCUCACCCAACCGAAUAGCACCGGCUGGGAUGUGCAGACCUCCUCGGAGGUGAGUCCCGAUGGACGCGCCUACCGCACCGAGACGCUGGCCAAAACAGAUGGUGUUGAGAAGCUGAAUGGUGGCGGCACUGCCGAGUUCAAGGGUCGCAAUGAGCAGCGCUCGAGCGCUUCGCAUCAGGGCGACGACAAGAACUAUGUGAAGCAGGCGGCGGACAGCUCCAAUACGCAUCUCCAGGAGAAGGUUGUCUAUGGCGAUGAGAGCGCCGGCGGACGCACCGAAAUGAAGGUGAGCUCCACCACCUCCUCAUCGAGCUCCAAGUUUGUCUCAUCCUCCACUGUCGAGUAUGGGGAUGAUGAUGCCGCUCAGCCACGCUAUCUGCUGGACUCUCAGUCGACAAAUCGUCAGCAACAGCAGCAACAGCAGCGAGAGCAGCGGGAACAGCGAGAGCAGCGCGAGCAACGUGAGGUGCGGGAGCAGCGCGAGGUGCGCGAGCGCGAGGAGCAGCGUCUGCAGCAACAGCGCGAGGAACGAUAUUCGGAGAGCCGGGAGCAAUCGAAGAGCACCCGCAACGUGGAGACACAGCAGCACUACGAGGAGAACAAACACUAUGUGGAUAUGGAUAAGGCAUCCCCGGAAUAUCAGCGUCAUGUACAGCAUCUGAUGUCGCAGCCAGGCGAGAUCAUCUCCAAUACGGUUGAGUAUCCCAAGCCCAAUGUCAAGAUGAUUACCACGGUGAAGCGUCUGCCCGAUGGCACCAUUGUCAAGAACAAGCGCUACGAGACCGAGCAACUGACUCCCAGCGCGGACACAACGCGCCAGACCCAGACCCACAAUCAGUCACAGAUAAACAAUCAGCGUCGCACGCAGGAUGUGCACCAUCAGCAGCAGCAGCAGACCCACAGCCGUGGCGAGCCGCGCGAUGUGGUUGACAAUGCGGAACCGUUGCGCCGUCCCGCCGAGGCCGAGGAGCUAAUCAAGCAGGAGAGCUAUUCGACGGUCAAGAAGUCCAGUCGUCGCUUCUCCACUGAAACGACAUCGGAGACCGUCGAGGAGUACGAUGAUCGUGCGCCCAAUCAGCCUGGACAGCAGCUGAAGGCGCCGUCUCCGGCACGCCAGGAUUACAGCAUGCACGGCUUUCCCAUCAAGCCGACGCAGGAGUUUCCCAAUCAACGGUCGACAACGCCCAGCCGUCAGCCGGCGAGCGAUUUCUCCACGCACGGAUUUCCGUCGGUGCGCGGCAAUAAGCCCACCCAGGAGUUUCCCAAUCAACGGCCCAGCACCGAGGAGGUCGUAGUGGUCAAGUCCGAGAAGAGUCGCAAUGUGAAGCAGAGCAGCAGCAGCUCGCAGCGCACCAUCGAGACGGAGUACGUUGACGAGCAUGCCCCCUUGCCGGUGGCUGGACCAACGGGCACGCCCAGCUGGGAACAGCCGGCCAGUCCGCGACGGGCACCCGUCGACGAUUUCAGCACGCACGGCUUUCCCUCGGUGCGCACCUCACGGCCCGUUCAGCCCGAUCAGCCCGAUGCCGAGGCAGUGCAUCAGACCAGCACGAGCGCCGUCAGCCGCAAAUCGGAGCGCAUCAUUGAGACCCAGGUGGAGCGGGACGUCAAUGUGGAGCCGGAACUGCAGCAGCAGCGCCGUCGUCCACAGCCGCUGAACGCCCAGCCGCCGGCAAGUCCGCGUCGCACGCAGCCACGCGACGAUUACACAGGAACACAGGGUUUUCCCUCGGCACGGUCGCCCACACGGGCGCCGGCCAGUAAGUCGCCGCCGCGCCGACCGAGCGCUGGCAUUCGGACGCCCACACGCAAUGCACCGGAGUCGACAGCAACAACAACAACAACAACAACGACAACGACACGUCGCCAGCUGCAGAAGGAGCGCGAGGUGGAUGCAGCGCAUCGGGCAUUUGCCGCCUCGCUGCGCAGCAGCUCGCCAGCGGAGAGCGUCGGCUCGACCGGAUCGCAUCAUCCACAUCAGCCGCAUGGGCGUCGCGAUAGCGGCCAAACGGAUCAACAUCGUCAAACGCCAAGGUCGAGCAUCUCAUCGAGCCGGACAUUUAGGCGCGAUGGACGCGAGGGCUCCCACGAUAGCCAUGCGCCAUCCGAGUCCAGUCGCAUCAGCUCGACGACGGUGACACGCCAUAUCGGGGUGCCCACUACCAAGAGCGUGGGUAAAACACUCGUUACCAAGCAGCAACAGCAGCAACAAGCUGUUGUUAAGACCCGUAACGUUCAAGGUUCUAACGAAACAAUCGAUCUUAUGCCGCAGCGUUCGCCCAAAUCGCCAGCAACGAAAACAACAACAACAACAACAACAACGACCACAAAUACGAUUGGCAAUAAGCCAACAGCCGGAGGAGCAGCAGCAGCCCCAGCCAUUACCCCAACCAUCCCAACAACCCCAACAACCCCAACAACCCCAACAAGCCCAACAAAGCCCACAGCCGUAACUCCAACAACUCCAACAGUUCCAGCCGUUAUUCCAACAGCUCCGCGCAAUCUUCCGGCUAGUCCCAGCAGCAGCGAGACGCCAAUUGUGUCAGAUAACCAAUCACAGUAUACGUAUGCUACUACUAAGCCAGCCGAUAUAUUCUCUUUGCCACCCACUCCUACAACACCUACCAUUAACAACAACAACAACAACAAGAACAACGCAACACUAACAAUCAACAACCAGAACCAGAACCAGAACCAGAACGUGAACCAGAACCCUUCCACUGAAGACAAGCCCAACGAAUUGUUAACUAAAACCAAGCUGAGCUCAAAUGAGGCAACCACAUCCAGUCCAUCUGCCGCCGUGCUUGAGCCACCCUGUGUCCGUCGACACUAUUACAAGCUGGGUCCGGCCGACAAUGCGGAUGCGGAUGCUGAUGCGGUUGCCAAUACGAUUGCGAAUGCGAAUGCGGAUGCGGAUGCGCCGACGGCUCAACGCGAAGCGGCCAGCAUUGCCAAGGCGGUGACAAGUACUGAAACCGUUGAGCGCAGCCGGCCAACCAGCCAAACGUCACCCGGCCGCACCGUCGCCUCGCGCCGCAACAUCUUCGAGAAGCAAUCGCCCAGCCCCGACGGCGAGCCCAACGGACGCCGACCCUCGUACAUGGAUCACACGAAGAGCUCCCUGGAGCACAUUCGUCGCGACUCGCUGGAGAUCAAUAAGACGCACUAUUCGCGCAAAUCCUCUGUGGAGGAUGACAUCGGACUUGAGCCACGCAAUCCGAAUGCGGCGGUCAAGUUUGAUGUGCCCAGGCGCGGCUCACGGCCCGAACCGGUGCGCACCACCAACAGCGAGGAGAUCGAGAUUGAGGAAAUCUUUGAUCUGCAGACGCUGGAGCAGCUGCUGGAGACGGUUAGCAGCUACGAGCUGCGCCGCCGCAUACGCGCCCAGAUACGUUUGAUCAAGAAAAACAUGAUCAAUGCGAGCAGCACCACCAGCAGCAUCACCACAACGACCAUAACCAGCAAGGGCAGCGCCAGCUCCACGCCCAGUCGCAGUCCUUUGCCACCACGACGCACGGCCGAGCAACCGCAGCAGCUGGCACGCGAGCGCAGCCACAGUCCGGAGCCAAGGAGCAGCAGUCGUCGCACGGAGCAGCUGGACAGCGCCACGGCACAUGGCAAGCCGCCGGUAAAGCCACGCGAGCGCAGCGCCAGUCCCGCCCAGACGCGACGUCGCAGUCCGACGGGCAAGGCCCAAGCAUCAAGCACAACGACAACAACCACACGCACCACCAGCGGCAAGGGCAAGGACAAGGACAAGGCCAACGAGAAGCCCAGUCCCAUUUGGGCGGAUCGCAGCAAGGUGCUGCGUGCCUCCGGCUCGUCCUCGCCCACGCCCACGCCCAGAAAGGGCUCCAACUCCAGCAGCAUCAGCAGCAGCAGCACCAGCAAAUUGAUGCGCAGCAGCAAUACAAGCUCCUCCGCCGCCGCCACCACCUCCUCCUCCUCCUCCACCACCACCACGAACCGGAGCAGCAGCAGCAAGCGACGCGAAGAGGACUCCAUUACGUCCAGCUAUGGCGUUGGACCCACCGAUGAGAAUGGGCUGCCCCUCUUUGGCAUCAGGGCGCUCAAGAAGAAGAUACAGCCGACGGCGCCAUGUGAGACAAAGCAAGAAGUCACAGGCUAUGUCAUCGAGGAGCAGUUCUAUUCGGAUGACAAGUCGCCGCCGCGUCGCGAGCGCAAGGAGCUCAUCUACUCGAGCAAUCCCGCGGAGCUGGCCACGCUGCAGCAGCAGCUGGAGCACACCAGCCAGCCUUCUGGCCAGAUAAAGCUGCAGCGCGAACUGAAGCUCAUCGAUGCCGAUGAACUGCCAUUGGCGGCGGCGGCGGCCAUUGAGACGGGCACGCGUCGCGGCUCGGUCAAGGAGCUGACCGAACGUUUCAUACAGAAGGAGUCCGUGGCCGACGAGGCGGAGACCGAGGACAGCGAAUCGAACGAUGUCUGCAGCGUCAUCGAGAUGGAGACACCACAGAUGCGCCAAAAGUCCAGCAGCAGCACCACCCGCACCAGCUCCAGCACCCGAUCCUUCCUCAACACCAGCGGCGAGGAUCGACUCGUCGGCAGCGUCGACGAUGUGCUCGAGCGUAUGCGCAAUGCCGACAAUGUUAUGGAACCCGGCGACAGCACGGAGGAUCGCGAGGCACGUGCUCUGCUCAAUAAAUUCCUCGGCGCUAGCGUAAUUAUGCAGGGCGUGGAGACCAUGUUGCCGGCGGGUCAGCGGCAGGAGAAGCAGCAACAGCUGCCCAGGGGCAACAACAACAACAGCAACAACAACGGCAGCCAAGCGGUGAAAACGACGCGCAUCAGCAGCAGCAGCUACAGCAGCAAAGCUGGCAGCAACAGCAACAGCAACAGCAACAGCAGCAGCAGCAACAUCAACAGCAGCAACAGCAGCAGCAGCACUCGGAAGAGCACAUCCUCAGCACCAGUUACACGCACAACUUGUGACAUCGAGGAGAUUUGGGACGAGCAGUUACUGAGGCAAUUGCUGGAACAGGCGUCCACAUACGAGGAGCGUCGCAAGAUCCGUGCACGUUUACGCGAACUUAUGGCGGAACGCGAAGAGCAACAAAAUUUAAAGGCGGGCGGUGAAAAGGUCGCUGCCAAAGAAGAGGAAGAGAGCAGCGCCAGCGAAUAUGAGGAAAUAAUUGAAGAGGUCACCGACGACGACGACGACGACGACAGCAGCGACGAGGAGCAGCAAGCGCCAGCCAAGCCCAAGGAGACGGAGAAGGAGAAGGAGAAGGAAACGGAAAGCAUCGAUAAAAAGCUGGCCAAAGUCGAGCUCAGCAAGCAGGUGGUCAACAAGCAGCUGCUGUCCGACAGCCAAGUGGACAGUGUGGUGCAGGCACAACACAAGCAACAAAGCUCAACGACCAGUGAACGCACCGAGACGAAGUCGAAAGAUGGCGGCGCAGUUGUCACCACAACAACAACAAAAGUUACCACACGCACUGUGAGCGGCAGCGCUGCCUCCAAGAACAUCUCGCCGCUGGCCAAAUUCAAGCAGCUCGACAAGGCAGCUGCCCAGCAGCAGGCUCAAAAAUCAUCUCCAACAACAAGCACACCCACGACCCCCGGCGGUUCAGCACAACCGUUAUUCAAAUUUACCGAUCCGGCAUUAAAUGCGCGCGCCGCCACUGUCAAGGAUCAACUUCUGCAGUGGUGUCAGCACAAAACGCAGGAAUAUGAGAACGUCCAAAUAAGCAACUUUAGCUCGAGCUGGUCAGACGGCUUGGCCUUUUGUGCGCUGAUACAUCAUUUCUUGCCAGAUGCAUUUGACUACAGUAAACUAACCAAACAAACUCGCAAACAUAACUUUGAGCUGGCCUUCAGCGUGGCUGACGAGAAAGCUGGCAUUGCGCCCUUGCUGGAUGUGGAGGACAUGGUGGAGAUGAGUCGGCCCGACUGGAAGUGCGUCUUUGUCUAUGUGCAGAGCAUCUAUCGCCGUUUCCGCAAUUGCCAGUAAAAGCAGCAACAACAACAACAACAGCAGCAGCAAGAACAACAACAGCAGCAGCAGCAGCAGCAGCAGCACGUGGCCUACAAUAACUGUUCAUUAAAUUUUAAGCAAAAGAGAAAGAAAGAAAAUGCAAGCCCCUCUUCAGGCAAAUUUGUAGACCUUUUGGCAUUUCGUGUUGGAAGAAGACACGCAUCCUCCCACAUAACUAUAUCCCAUAUAUAUACCCUAUAAAUAACCCAACAUUUUUGAUGCAUAUAUUUUAACCACAAAUGGCAGGCUCGUCGCAUUGAACAGCAAACGGGACAUUUUGUACGUUUUUUGUGUUUGUUUUUUUUUUUCUUUAUAUUAUUUUAUCAAUUUUUUUUUUUUUACUAUUAUUAUUAUCAUUAUAAUUAUUAUUAUUUGUUAUUGAAACUAAAUACUUAUGCAAUAAUUGUUGAAUUUUUUUUGUCAUAAUCUUAAUUAUAAAUGGAGCAAAAUGGAGCAAGGCGCAAACUUUACUAACCCCGCUGAGUUUUGAUAAGAGAGCGAAUCGAUACUACGAAACGAUACUACUCGAUUCCCCUCCGCCCCUACCCCCAAUCUACCAGCGCAAAAUACUACUCAAUCUUCGAAGCGAGCAAAAUUAUACGAACAAAUUACUAACUCGCAGCAGCGGCAAGCGAAAUGCGAUAUCAACAUAAAAAUAUUAUUGUAUCUACAGCUAAUAUUAACAUUGAACAAAAAAAAUACAA